UUUGCCACUUCUCAAUGAUACAGCAACACAUGGAACUACGGAUUGAUUGUGGUUUUAUCGGAGGUCAGCUACAACAAAGGUGGCACAAUUGGCAAUCAAAGUGCUCUCUCGGCUUUGCAAUGGCAAACUUUAUAUAACUAUCAAGUGGCCCCAAUUAAUACUACAAUACUGACUCCACAUGUAGUCGAUGACAUGGUUCUGUAUGACUCCUUACAAGACUAACGUCGAGGUAAACAGCCAAUAGCUCAUGCAGUCAAACCCCGAUUUACGCGAGCGAUCCCAUAGCAAACUAUCGAGUUGCAGCCAACGAUAUGCCCCAUCAUAUCAGUGUUAUGUCUACAGUGAACAAAAACUUCCCUCCGAAAGUAAUUGGACCAUAGAGAUUGGCCACAAUGGCAAUGGAAAUGUUGAGCAAGCUGCUACGUCCUCGCGUGGCGCAACGACUUGCGCUCCAGGACCUAUCGAAUAUCCAGAACAAAUAGAUACUGCUCUUGAAUAUACCAAGCCAAUAGGAACAGGGAAAAGUCUCUGGCCGUCCAAUUCGACGGGAUAUGCGAAUUACUCGGCUGCGUGCUCGGAAAGAGAUGCAUUACUCACCUUCUGGCUAGCUCCAGCCUACAUGAAUGCCUUCGCCCACAUUUCGCACACUUUUACGCACGAAGAUCAAGAUAAUAGCUGGUGUAGCACAUAUUUCGACGCAUACCGAGAGAUUGCCUGGAAUCAAGCCUGGCUAAAAAAUGUAGGAAUCAUGGGCACGACUAAGUGGAGCGGGACUGGCAUCAUUCCCCCAGCUGCCGAGUUAGCAUCAGCUCUCACUGCCGUAUGUGGGUUCAGCGUAUACCUUUUCUAUCUGCGACCACGGGCUUUUGGAUUCCUGAACUCCCAGAACCUCCAAAAUGAGCAAUGCAGGUGAGGACGUAAGCUCAAUAUCCACUCGGAAGAGUGCGUACCGAGCGUCUCUUCGUAUACAAAGACUUUGCUCACGCCAUUACCUCUCGCAUCGAGGAGAAACAAUCCCCCGAAGAGGAAACCCAACUUCAUGGGCCCCAAGAUCUCGAUUUGGUCGAGAACCUGAAGCUUGAAAAU